AUGACAAGAAAGAGUCAGUUUUUUUUCUUGUUGAAGUGAAAAAAUUGAAAAUUUUCAGACGGACAAAAAGGCUUCCAACAGAAGACCUUCUCCUCCGCUCGUGAGUUUCUUUUUUUUUUGAAAUUUGACUUGAGGCUUUAACUUCAAACUCGAAGAACUUUGAUUACAAGUGAAAUUUCAGGCCGGGUCAGCGAAACUCAGCGACAACAAGCCCAGCUAAGUGAGUAUUUGUUUUUCGAACUUUUUUAUUGGAAAAAAGUUUUUUAAACUUUAUUAACGGUUCAUUUUCAGACCAACGCCGUGGCGGUCCAGUCGUUCCCAGGAACGCACCCGUCGUUGCGCGAAACCAACCUGUCGUUGCCGGUAAGUUAUCAAAAUCAUCACUGUCCCUAUAAAAUCCAAAUUAUCUACAUUCGAGGUCUUUUGAAAAAAUUUUCCAAAAGUUUCAAGCGUGCUUAUUUUUGUGUUCUGUGCAGUUUGCCGGUUUUCCAAAAGUGAAAUAGAUACAAACUAGUUGAAAAGUGUUGAAUCCUGAGAUCCAUAAUUUUAAAUUUCAAACUUUACUACUUUUCUUUGGAUUGAUGUUAGAAUAUUUUCAGCUGUACUUCCUGUUCGUGGAGGUGGCGCUCCGCGUGGAGGGAGAGCCGGCGCAGGCGGUCGUGGAGGAGCCCGUCGCAGUGCGCGUCUUGUCGCCCGUGCCCCAGCUGCUGCUGAUGAACCAGCAGCCAUUCAUUUUGGUGAUUUUUCAGGAAAUCUCAUCUUGAAAAAAAAUACACUUUUUUCUGUAGCGCAAAAAAUCUGGUGGGAUAUACAAUUUCACGAUAGGAAAUAAGUAUCCUAUGGUUCAAACCUUUAGAAGGAGAGUUAACCCCAAUUUUUCUGAUACUGUUUUUUUCUAUCUGAGAUCAAUGAAGAUUUCAUAAAAAGUUCCGUGGUUUUUUUCAAGGCAACAGUUUUUUUGCUGAACUUUCUAUCAGACCUUUUUUUCGAGAUAUUAAAUCAGUUAAUUUUUUUAAAAAAAUUCAGCCGAAGCCGUCGAACCGGAGCUUGUAAACCUCGAAGAAGGCGUCGCUGUGAACGGAUCAGUGGAACCUGCCGAAGUUUCCAUCAUCAGCAGGCCUACGCCUGGCGAAAACAUUGCCAGUAAGUCACUUUGAAGAUUCCGCGCUAAAGUCAAACAUUCUGGAGCAUUCUUUCAAAAAGUUAGAAGUUUUAGAUCAAAAUGAAUAUUAAUCAGAUGAACUUUCAUGAAAUACGGAGUAAAAAAAACUCAAUUAGUUUUGAAAAAGAGUGUAUUCUUUGACGAGUUCUGAUAAAUAUUUUUUUUUCAAGUCCACCAGUUUGAUUCGAACUUUCGCUUUACAAGUUUCAGGCGUCGCCUCGCAGAAAGACAGCUCGGAGAACCUCACUUCAUCGGGUCCAGUCAUCAAGCGUCUGAAGGUGGACAAAGGCACUUCGCCCUUCGGUAGGUAUUUCAACUUUACUGCAAAAAGUUUCUUGAGAUCAACAAUUCUUUGAAACUCCAAUGAUUCUUCGAAAUUCCAAUGACAAGAUUCUGAAACUAGCUUUUUCAGUCUUGAAAUGCAUUUUUUUAUCAGCUCCGCCAAGAAAUCCCGCUUCUUUGGCUGUCCCAAAUUCAUCUGCAAUGAAUGAAGGCAACGUCGUUGUUCAACUGGCGCCCAACCAGCCAAGUAAGAUUUUCUGAAAAUUUCCUAAAAGAAUAGAUAAAGCUAAGAUUUUCAUGGAUUUAUUCUUUCUUUUUUUUUGCAGAUCUGUGGACACCCCCUGAGUUCAUUUUCCUCAAUGGCCGCCGCUAUCGUCUUGAAUCGGUGGACGUCGGAAUGGAGGAAGGUCCAACUGAUGCGGCUGGAGCCGAUCCGAACUCUUCCGCGAUGAGUGCGUUUAAAAACAUAUUAUUAACCAAAAAAGUAUUUAUUACGUCAGCCAGUCAGACUAAAAUGAUAGAACUGACAAAAUGCUUUGAUGCAGUUAUUUGUGACUCCAAAACUAUAAAAACUUUGAACACAACUUUCAAAAAAUAUGUUUGAUCGAAAUUUUUAGACUUUAAAGACUUUUGAUGUUUUAAACUGAUUUGAAAAGAUUCAGGAACGGACGUCAACUCCUCUUACGUGGUUAGUCCGGCCGCCUCUCCAGCGACUCUUGCCAUUUUGGCAGGUGAGUUGCUUCAAAAUUAUCAACAAGAAUAUUUCUUUUUUAUUCAGUCAUUCCCAAACUUCAAAACUUUUGGAUAAUCUCAUGAAAUUUUUGAUUUUUUUCUAAAGAAUUCCGGAAGUCUGUGAAACAUUUUUUUCGAACAUUUGAUAUUUUUUUGAAACUUCCGAGAAAUUUUUGAUAGAAAAAUGUUUUCAGAAAGAGCCGCUUUCAUCAACGCCGGAAACAUUGUUGCUGAUUCUCCUGCCGUCUCUUCUCAAGAUCACCGCGCCGGAAACGAUGUUGCUCCUUCACCUGCCGUUUCCUCUCAAGGCGGCAGGCUCAGUCAGGCCUCCCUGGCGACUGUCUCAUGGUCGAGCCGUGAGUUUUUCAAAUGUUUAAUAAUUAUUCUGAAUAUGAAGUUGAAGAUGUUUUCUUCUAUUUUGAGAAGCGGUUUUGAACUUUCGGCAUUUUUUCGAAUUUCUUAGUUAUUGUUUUAACUUUCAUAGAUUCAGGUACUGACGCAAGUUCCUCAAGAAUCGAUAGCCCGGCUGUGUCGUCUUCAACACUUGCCUCGAUGGCAGGUGAGUUGCUUCGAAAUUAUCAACAAGAAUAUUUUCUUUUUUUAUUCAAUUAUUCUUAAACUUUAAAAACUUUUUGGACAAUUUCAUGAAAUUUUGACUUUUCUAGAGAAUUUUGGAAAGCCUGUGAAACUUUUUUUGAACUUUUGGAACUUUUUGAAACAUGAAAAAUUCUUUUUGAGACUUCAAAAUCUUGAUAAAUAAUAUUUUUCAGAAAGAGCCGCUUUCAUCAACGCCAGGAACACUGUCGCUGAUUCUCCUGCCGUCUCUUCUCAAGAUCACCGCGCCGGAAACGAUGUUGCUCCUUCACCUGCCGUUUCCUCUCAAGGCGGCAGGCUCAGUCAGGCCUCCCUGGCGACUGUCUCAUGGUCGAGCCGUGAGUUUUUCAAAUGUUUAAUAAUUAUUCUGAAUAUGAAGUUGAAGAUGUUUUCUCCUAUUUUGAGAAGCGGUUUUGAACUUUCGGCAUUUUUUCGAAUUUCUUAGUUAUUGUUUUUAACUUUCAUAGAUUCAGGUACUGACGCAAGUUCCUCAAGAAUCGAUAGCCCGGCUGUGUCGUCUUCAACACUUGCCUCGAUGGCAGGUGAGUUGCUUCGAAAUUAUCAACAAGAAUAUUUUCUUUUUAUUCAAUUAUUCUUAAACUUUAAAACUUUUGGACAAUUUCAUGAAAUUUUGACUUUUCUAGAGAAUUUUGGAAAGCCUGUGAAACUUUUUUGAACUUUUGGAACUUUUGAAACAUGAAAAUUCUUUUGAGACUUCAAAAUCUUGAUAAAUAAUAUUUUUCAGAAAGAGCCGCUUUCAUCAACGCCAGGAACACUGUCGCUGAUUCUCCUGCCGUCUCUUCUCAAGAUCACCGCGCCGGAAACGAUGUUGCUCCUUCACCUGCCGUUUCCUCUCAAGGCGGCAGGCUCAGUCAGGCCUCCCUGGCGACUGUCUCAUGGUCGAGCCGUGAGUUUUUCAAAUGUUUAAUAAUUAUUCUGAAUAUGAAGUUGAAGAUGUUUUCUCCUAUUUUGAGAAGCGGUUUUCAACUUUCGGCAUUUUUUCGAAUUUCUUAGUUAUUGUUUUAACUUUCAUAGAUUCAGGUACUGACGCAAGUUCCUCAAGAAUCGAUAGCCCGGCUGUGUCGUCUUCAACACUUGCCUCGAUGGCAGGUGAGUUGCUUCGAAAUUAUCAACAAGAAUAUUUUCUUUUUAUUCAAUUAUUCUUAAACUUUAAAACUUUUGGACAAUUUCAUGAAAUUUUGACUUUUCUAGAGAAUUUUGGAAAGCCUGUGAAACUUUUUUGAACUUUUGGAACUUUUGAAACAUGAAAAUUCUUUUGAGACUUCAAAAUCUUGAUAAAUAAUAUUUUCAGAAAGAGCCGCUUUCAUCAACGCCAGGAACACUGUCGCUGAUUCUCCUGCCGUCUCUUCUCAAGAUCACCGCGCCGGAAACGAUGUUGCUCCUUCACCUGCCGUUUCCUCUCAAGGCGGCAGGCUCAGUCAGGCCUCCCUGGCGACUGUCUCAUGGUCGAGCCGUGAGUUUUUCAAAUGUUUAAUAAUUAUUCUGAAUAUGAAGUUGAAGAUGUUUUCUCCUAUUUUGAGAAGCGGUUUUGAACUUUCGGCAUUUUUUCGAAUUUCUUAGUUAUUGUUUUAACUUUCAUAGAUUCAGGUACUGACGCAAGUUCCUCAAGAAUCGAUAGCCCGGCUGUGUCGUCUUCAACACUUGCCUCGAUGGCAGGUGAGUUGCUUCGAAAUUAUCAACAAGAAUAUUUUCUUUUUUUAUUCAAUUAUUCUUAAACUUUAAAAACUUUUGGACAAUUUCAUGAAAUUUUGACUUUUCUAGAGAAUUUUUGGAAAGCCUGUGAAACUUUUUUUGAACUUUUUGGAACUUUUUGAAACAUGAAAAUUCUUUUGAGACUUCAAAAAUCUUGAUAAAUAAUAUUUUCAGAAAGAGCCGCUUUCAUCAACGCCAGGAACACUGUCGCUGAUUCUCCUGCCGUCUCUUCUCAAGAUCACCGCGCCGGAAACGAUGUUGCUCCUUCACCUGCCGUUUUCUCUCAAGGCGGCAGGCUCAGUCAGGCCUCCCUGGCGACUGUCCCAUGGUCGAGCCGUGAGUUUUUCAAAUUUUCAUGUUUUAGUCAAAGUAUGAUGUUAGAGAUCUUUUGUUUUAUUUAGAGUAGUCAUUUGAAUUUUCGGCACUUUUUUCGAAUUUCUCAGUUUUUGUUAUAAUUUACAAAGAUUCAGGAACUGACGCGAUUACGGCAGGAGUGAAUAGCCCAGCUUUGUCGUCUUCAACUCUUGGGCUCAUGACUGGUGUCUCUCCAAACAUGCCGCGAGCUGUGGACUUGAACACCUCCGAACUUCGCUCGCCUCAUUUCGACUGUCAGUUUUGUUCGCAACUAUUUCUUUCUUCAAUGCGAAAAUCUUCUCGAAAAUUUUCACACGUAACAUUUUAUUGAAUUGGGGACACCAAACUCAAUUUCAGUCUCGAACAUCAGCACUGUCGAUGUCGCCAUUGGCAGGAACAUGUCGGAUGACCGCGAAAGAACCGCUUCUUCUGGUUAGUUUCACUCCGAUCGUUAAUUAUUUCCUUAACCUCAGCUCUUAUGAGUUGUUUCAGAUUGAUAAGAAAAAAGUAAUUUUUGGAAUUUAGAAAGAGACGUCAGCGUGAGUGUCACCGUCAAUGCCUACGACCUGGAACUGGACAACUCGGUCGGAUCAGUUGCCGACGGCUCUCGGACCGCCGGCAGGCCCAGCCAGUUGUCUUUGACUCAUUCGAUCGGUGAGUUACCCGAAAAUUCUAACAUUCGAAAGCAGCAGAUCUUCGGAAGUUCAGUUUUUUUCUAAAAUUUCCCGCAAUAAGUCAAAUCGAGUUGCCUAAUAACUUCGACUUCUUCUUCUUGAUUUUGCAAAAGAAAGUUCUCUCUUCAUUUGUCCUGGCCAUAUUUUGGUUUGAAUGUAAAAACAUUUGAAACAGUUGGAGCAAAUCAAACUUUCAGCUUCAGAUGAGCCGACUGGUGAACCAACGAUUGCCGCUGAGGUUCUGAAUCAUCGGCAUAUUGGUUUGUCUUUUUUUCAUUUUAAGGCUGCUACUUGAAGAUGAGACCGUUUCUCGGAUUGUAGUUCUGAAUUCGAUUUUCAUUGUUUCUUGAAGGAAUUAUCUUUAUUCAGUUGAUGACUAUUUUUCAGAGCCAACUCCGGAUCCCAAUGCGCCGAAGCCGAUGCCGACGUUUGAAGUUUUUUCUGAGAGGGAGCCACGGGAUUUUACGAUUCUCCAUAAUCGAGGUAUUUUUUUAUUUAAUAAUAGAAUCCCGUCAUACUUCUUUAACUUCGUGGGCUUUCCAAAAAAAAGAGGAAAAUUUCAUCUUUCUUUAUCUUUGCGACUUUCAGAUUGUCCAUUUUUUUUUCCACUUUGCUAAUUCAAAAAAUUUGAUUUUUCAGCCAAUGAGAUUGAAAUUGGAACCGGCGUCGAGGAACUCCAAUCUCCGGGAUCGCGCCGUCGCUCUCCGUUGAAUCCGACCCUCGGUGAGUGUUUUUUCUCACUAUUCAGCUGUAUAUUUCUAUCUAAAGAAUUAGAGAACAAAUCUUAUCCCUAAAAAAAUCAUUUUUUUCUUUUUAUCAGUAAGUUCGAGCUGUGACGCUUUGAAAUGAACGGAGCGAGUGGCAAAAUUUGAUGUAGACUUUUGAAGAACGUUUAAAAAAUUAUGUAAAGAGCUUCUUUUGUAUAAGCGUGACCACAACGAGUUUUUCAGAACAGCUUCAUUUUUUUAUCCUCACUUUUUGUUUUUUUCAAAAUCUCAAGGCUUUAAAAAAAUUUUUUUGAUUUUGAAAUAAGAAACCUUGAUUCCACCUUGAAAAAUUUCCUACAGGUAUGACUCCUACGGCUUCCGAACUUCUCCACUCUGUGCGUCUUCCCUUGACUUCGCCGACUGAACAUCUCGACAACUCUGCCGGCGUUGAGGUAUUUAUUAAAAAUUUUAGUACCUGAAUGAGUUUUUUUAAAAAUCAAAAUGAAAUUAAAAAAAUAUUUUGGCUUGAAAAAUUUAAAAUUAUCUUUCAUUUUGGAUUUUUCAGACAAAUGGCAAAAGAAACCAGUGCUCAGGGAUGACUCUCUGAUCAACAUCAACAGCGCUGACGGUUCGGCUUCUCCACCUGCCGUCGUCGGCCACGGCGUCGGCCGGCUCAGUUCGAGCGUUGUUUCCAAUGCUACUCGUAAGUUCCUUGAUAAUUUCAGCGAAACUUUUUUCGAAAAAAGAUAUGGAUCACGUUUCAAUACUCAGAGCUCCUGUUGUUUUUUUGUGAUUUUGGGAUGAAAACUUCAUUAUUUCGUAAACCGAAAACUACAAAAAAUGGAAAGAUAGAUUUACACUUACUGUUCUUCUGACAUUCACGAAUUUUGAAACGUUUUUCAAACGUCGAAAUUUCAGAAGACACUUCGGCGACUGCUUCGUCUGUUGGCAUGAGCGCUUCUCCUUCGGCUGACGCCUCGAACGACGACAAGGUAUCCCAAUUUACGCUAAAAAAUCUGAAUUCCAUAUCUAACAAAAAUCUUUUCUUUUGAACUCUAAAAAAAUAACUUUUCUCCAAAAUUUUAAAGAAAAACCAACGGCUUUUCUUCUCAGAAACCUUUCUACUAUAAUUAAUUUCCAACCAAGAAAAAAGUUUUCAAUCUUCAAAGUUUUCCAUUAAGUCAUUAAUGUUUUUCAGGAGGAUGCUGAAAUCGGCAAUUCGACCGACACGGACAAGGUAAAAUAUCUCGAUUUUUGUCAUUUCUAAUUUGAAUUUUUCAGGCCGACUGA